CAUGGACAUGGUGGAAGUUCAUCUCAUAGUGGUCGGUAUAGUGCUGCUGAGGAGAAAUUUCUUCCCAUUCCUUACAUAGAUUGCAUUCCCAUUUCCGCAGAGCGCACACACGGCCAUGCAGUGUGCGAGCAGGUGUUAACAGCGCCAAACCUUUGGAUGUUAGAUCCCCGAGAACGCAUGACAUUCGUGCAACUACUGAUGGCUCGCGCAAUUCAGAGACAGCAAGCGAUUUAUGUUGUACCUUGAUGAAGUACUAGAACUCUAUAAUAAUUUGCGACUACAUUUUAGCAUUACCGAUGAAAUAGAAAGCAUUAUACAUUCAUAGUAUUGUUAAGCAUCAUUCCCUUGGUAAAAGAAUUUGAAUUACCACUUCUUGUUCCUCCCCAGUCCCCAGCCUUAGUAACCUCCACCUUUUUCUUUCUAAUUUUCACCACUAAAAAUAUAUUCAAGUUGAAGUACUACGCUUCUCUAAGCCUCAGUAGAACGUGCAAAUGCACUGGUGGAGGAUGCAGGCCGACUGCUGGAUGCUGCGAAAGUGAGCGAAAAAGCAGAAGUAUUACGCAAACGUCGCAUCGUCGCGAUGACAACAGACGGCGCGGCGAUACAAUUGGACGUGCUCCGUGAAUACAAGCCUGAUGUCGUGAUUGUAGAAGGUAUGCUCUUUGUCUUCGGUGGACAGCAAGUAUCUGUAUCCUUCCCCAGUUGGAAAUAGAAGUAACAACUGAAGGACAAGAAGUGACAUAAUUGACAGACUAAUACUAAUUACAAGAACGUUCUACUAACUAUACAUAGACCAAAAAUUAUGACCAUGUCGAAGUCGAUGACAACAUCGUCUAAUUAAGAAGCCGGGGAACUUCUGGAGCCAAGGAACGUGGCGCCCUUGCUUCCGGAUUUGAAGCAUUUGAUUUUGAUAGGAGACCCCGAUCAAUUGCCCCCACGACCGGACAACUACGAACUCAAAAAGUAUUGGGAUUUCGGCGUAUCUUUAAUGGAACGCCUGGUUCUUAUGACUGAGCAUGAGCGAAUUUUCAGGUUCACAUCCUUUGAGUAGUUACCUUCUUUACAUUCUAUCCAAGAUGAGCAACUUGAUCGAUGCUGAGCUUCCUCACAUGUUGAUUCAUCAAUCGAAGAAAAUGAAGAUCAUGAAAUCGUUUUAAAUAUUCUGUGAGAACGCCGUAAUUGGUUCUCAUAAUUCUCUCCUGAGCCUCAAAUUGCUCAGGUCUUCAGAUAAGCAGUUUUUCAUAGUAUCUGAUCAUGAUCACAUCAAGAGCUAGAGCGACAACUCGUCUAACAUUUAUUGCGGUAUUCCACACCGUACGUUGAUGACGCAGUCGCGCAUGAGACCAGAAAUCGCUGAACUUACCGCUGGUGUUAGAACUAGAAGGAUCAAUGAUCUGACGACGUCCUCCCUGUAUCAAAAUCAUAACUCCGAUGGCGUGGAAUUGAACAGGGAGUAUCCCUUGAUGCUGAACAACGAUGCUGUGGUGGAUAAGCUUGAGCGACCAGCUUGCCUUACAAACAACGUCUUCUUUUGGGAUACAACUACGUCUAGAAGAACUUCUACAUUUACAACUUCUACAGCAGGCACUCGUGAAUAUUUCGAGAAAAAGACGACAGUGGGGGUGUGCAAUGGAGAGGAAGCCUUGCGAGUUGUUCUUCUUGCCGAGCACCUGAUUCGCGAGGGUCACGCCCCAAGCGAAAUUGCCAUUUUGGCGGCAUACAAGGGACAAAUGCGUGAAAUUAGGAGAUUGAUUGAAAAACAUCAUGGUACCCCAACCACAAGAACUCCCGUCAAAGGACAAGCAGGAGGGAAAGCGAAGGGAAAGGGGAAAAACAGUAGUUCUUAAGGGCAGUACAAUCUUACUUUGGUCGUGUUUGUCAUUCUGUUUGUUCUCCUAGGAUUCAAUGGAUUUUCCUCAUUACAAUCUUAGAGCAGGAGGUAGAGCAGCUAUUUCGAGAAAGUCAGGAAAUGCUGGUUCGCAAAUAUUGCGAAGAAGAAGUUGAAGAGCAGCUACCUCUAAAACUAGAACGAGCAAGGGGGCUUGGCAGCUGUCGCAGUGAGUACGGUUGACAUGUUUCAGGGUGACCAGCGGGACAUCGUUUUGGUCUCCUUUUGUCGUUCAAACGAUAGCCACAAUGGAGGCUUUCUCAAGAAAGACGAAGGGCGUAAUCGCUUGAUCGUUGCGAAGACGCGAGCGAGAUUAGCUUUGAUUAAGGCGUUGUACCGUAGUUGGUCAACAAAGGAUUCGUAACCUAACCUAACAUCAAGUAGAGGGAUGUUUGCCUCUGCUGGCGCUGGCUCCUUAAAAAUAAUAUUUGCUUCGUAAGGGGAAACAAAACGUACCAAAGAUGCUUUUCAUUUUCAACAUCAAGAUCAUGAACAUACUCGGUUUCGGUGAGCAGGUCUAAUUUGAUCUUCGUCGGUGAUCGAAGAUGUUUGGAAACGGAUUUCCCAAAGGUGCGGUCGUUUCACUCGAAGCAGAAAACUGUUGACCGCAAGAAUCCCACACUUAAUCCGGUAUGGAGCGGUCUCUUCCACGACUUGGAAUCUAGGCAAGCCGUCGGCCCUAGUCUCUUUCUGCAGUGUUGUCGACAUCCCGGAAACCAAAAAGGCUUCAUUUUUAAGACCAGAAGUCUGUUGACUUUCUUUGAGGUGUAAAGCCCUGGACUUAACUGACUUUUUUUUUGAUACUUCGUAGAACGUCAUGGUACUUCUAAAGAUUGCGCUCAAGAGCUGCAAGACGAUCCGUUUGUUUGCCGAGAGCUUUGCGACAACACUUUUCCGACCUGCGGCCAUCGCUGUUUUCAACAAUGCCAUGGUGGCCCUUGCCCCGAAAGCAAGUGCCCAGAACCGGUUGAAGUGGUGCUUCGUUUUGUUCUUCUGGCUUUUACUACUUUUUACACUAUCAAUCUAUUUUUAAGAGUAUGUUUUUGAUUCAGCAUUUGAUGUACUACGACCACUACAAACAUGUUGAUGCACAACCCUCACAUUGUAAUGGUAAUGCUAGCACUGCAACUAUUGUCAGUGCUGUUGACAGACUACAACUAUUGUCAGUGCUGUUGUUUCUGCAGAUCUAUUUUUUUUGAGGCACGACCUUCAUCUCCUACAUGAUACUCCCUCUUCUGCGAUAAGUUUGUGUUGAAGAAAAAGUGGUUCAGUUGAUUGCCUAAACUCAAGUGAAAUCACUUUCACCAACAUGACCAUCUUAACAUCUUCAGUAUUAACUUUCUACAACAGCAUUGUCCGGUGAAGCCCCGACGUACCAUUGACGCUAGUGGAUCAUGGAAAUUAGAAGAGCUAGACGAGAACGAUGACACUCAUCCCUCAUGGACAGAGGAAUGUGGCAAAUUGAGAGGUGGUUUGAAACCAAAGUGCUUAAGCUUACCCCUAAUGGUCCAUCUUCAGAGAUGAAGUCAUCCUAGAAGAGACGUUUUCAAGGUGAAAACUACUACAGUCCUGGGAUGGUCUUUCUUCAAGAUGAUGUCUUAAUCCGAUUAAAAGGUGAGCUCAUCUAAAAUGUCGUGCCCGAGAGCGCUUCUCGUGUGAACGAUGUCGUGGCGGAUUAUGAAACGAAAUCGAAAAUCUGUUAUCACAUUUAACAAGUUUCUCAAGUAGAAAAGUGUGAAGAUCAUAGUGAUAAUAGAUUUUGCUUUUGGUUUCAUACGGAUUAAUCCGUGAAUGCUGGCAAGAAGAGAGUGCUAUACCCUGUGAAGCAAAUAUCACGAUGCAGUGUCCUGAAUGUCUCACUUCGCGGGUACGCAAAUUUAAGGUUCAAAUUCAUCUCGUGAAAACAUAUGAUACAUACGAAGAUCUUCCCCGUGACACCAUCAACAGCAACAAGUCGUUCGUAUUUGUGAUCGUUCUUUUGAAGUUGUAGAAAAAGCCGUCGCCGUCAAGAACCAUGCUUACUACAAGUAGGUUGUCAUCUUCCAGCUCCAAGGAUGAUGACAGCGUUAGCUAUUCCGUACGGUUUUCUUUUUCCAGCCACUUCCAUGUCGUGAUAUUCUACCCUAAUGGAUGCUACCAGGACGAGAAAGACUGUCCUUGCGAGCACGUAGUAAUGCUUGUUUGCCCGAAGAAUAAAGCCCACAAACGGAAGUUGCCGUGUCAUCAAGCGCAGAAAGUGAACCAAGCAAUAGAGGAUUUGAAAGACCCGAAAAAAGCGCAAACUGUUCCCAAAAAACUAAAGGCCUUGGUACAGUGCAAAGAGGUCUGCGGAUUACCCCUCGGGUGUGAGCAUUCGUGUGAACUGUUGUGCUGGCAACCAUGCGAAAAAAAGGAGGAUUGCAAGAGAAUGGUGCUUUUAUGCUCUUUACAGAGGUUCAAAUAAGUAUACUCGAGGAUGGUGUCUUGAUGGGCGUGAUGAACAAGAAAAUAGAUAUAGCAGGAGUGCUGGAGUAGAAGUAGACUGUCGCUAUCAUUUGAUCUGUGGACGAUGACAUGCACUGGCAUGACGAUCAUAAUAUUUUUUCGAGGUCGUUAGAUUGAAAGGUUGAUUGAUUCUUGUUGACCGUGUCCUACACAUCAACUCUAAUAUCAUAUGAAUGCGACGUUUGCGAGUCCGUCUCACAGGACCGCUUUUGCAACGAGACCAUUGAAGAGCGACGAAAAUUAUGGGGAAUUAUACUACAGUACAGAGUAUUGAUUCAUUACACUGGGUCGUGAUGAAGUAGUAUAUCAUGAUGAGUACAGCAUGUAGUAAGUAGUUCUAGUUGCAGGAAGAACAAGUCGGAAGGGACGACGGUGAUGCCAGGAUAUUGCGACUCGUGCCAGGCAGAGUCACAUAGAUAGAUAGCCAUCACGUGCGAAUCGCGCGCCUCUUCGGUCUAGCGAAAUAGAAUCUUUUGGGCACCUCAAUGGCCCCGAACGCUCGCUCCUUUGUUUUGAGUAAGCUAACUCCUAUCCUAUCCUAUCCUAUCGCUAUCCUAUCCUAUCCUAUCCUAGAUAGCCAUAGCCCUAAGAAAGCGACUCCCCUGCACGCAUCUAGUGGAGGAUAGCUGUCCGGAUUGUAGUUUUCCGAAACGAAAGCGAGCUUGUCUUCGCUCACGCACGUUUCAAGAGGCACUGGAAGUUUGUCAGCCAACAUCAACUUCUGAAGCUCCACCUGAUGAUUCUCAUUCUCAAGGGACGAGCGAGGCUUGUUCUGGAGGCAUAUUCGGCACACAUUUCGGAUUUGGUUUGCAGCAAGGUGCUUAUUUUCCUGCUUGUGCGAACCUGGUGCAGCAAAAGUGCGAGCGUGGAACUCAUGCCUAUUCUCUAAAGUGCCACGAAAAGCAGCAGCAGCAGCAGCACGGCAACCAGCCGAGCAAAGCGUCAAAAAAGUCUACAACAACUUAUCUUUGCCGUGAAAAAGUUCCCUACAACUGCUCCACCUGCAAUGGUCCUACGACUCUGGUGGAGUGCCAUAGAUUCGCACAGUAUCGCUGCCAGCAUCCUGUCCCCAAUACAUGUAAGCGUUGUCAUGUUCCGUUUCAGAGAAAGUGCAGUGAUCCUCCUGAAAAACAUAAAUGCCGCGAGCGUUGCAACAAGCUCCUGCCACUUUGUUAAGGCUUCGGGGAAUCCAUCUUCUGAAGCAUCCUCAAGCUGGACCAUAAGGGGAGAGAAGCAUUAGGAUGCGCCUCAAGAUGGAUUGGGUGAGCCCUAACUCCGUGGUCAUCGCUGUGAGCGCGAUUGCUACCACUGCGAAUCGAUUGGCUCGUGUCCGAUGGCGAAGGAAGAAUGUCCUGCAUGUGCACGCGAUAAAUACGAUCAAUGGCAGCUGUCCAAUGAAAGUCUUGCAAGCACCAGUAACCUGCUCCAACAGCAGCUCCAACAGCUCCAAUUGCGAAAUUAUGAGACUAUACAGCUGUUUUGAAGUAGAAGCUGUUGUUCUUCGGGAAAGAAGUCAUUUUCAGCCUCCUUUACACUUUUUUACGAAGUUGUUCUUACAACUGUAGUAGAUGGCGUCGUGGUAACGAUGAUCAUAGCAUGGGAAUAAUAGCAGAGUACUAGUUUAUAGCACGCAUGGUGCAUGGAGUGCAUGGAGCGCAGAGCUUUAGGAGGCGCAAGAAGCUCCCCCUUUAGCUCCAUGCUGCUCCAUGUGAUCCAUGCACUCCAUGCCAUGCGAGCUGUGAAACCUUCGAAGUUGCUCUGUACUAGAGCUAAGUUCCAUAAUUUCCUGUAUGAUGUUCAUCUUGUCCUUCUAAUCAACGAAAAUCGACGUCUGGAAGUUGGAAUUCACACAGGCGAAUAUUUCCCCGGAUUUUCAGAGUGAGAAAUCCAUUUUCGACGCGCGGGACGAAUGGCUCCUCAAAAACGGAAACGCAGGACCAAGCCUGGAGAAGGACUUUGAUUCCUAUUUUAAGGCUACCGCUGAAGCAUCCUCAGCAUAUCCUUGGCCCUUCUUCUGCUUAAAGAACGAACCAAGGACACACUCUGGGACGAUGCCUAUGGCUAUGCGGUAGUUCUAAAUAAUUUACGAAUCUGCAAGUUUUUGUCAAACCAGUUCUUGGCCGCAUCCGCCUGUUUUCUUUAGACAAUCGGCGACUGUGGCUGCUGAAAGCCUGCGCUCCGCACGCAUUGGUGUCCGUACAAUGGAGCAACGAUUUUAAGGGUUUUGCGGAGAAACACGAACAAACACUUCGCGCUAGACGCGGAUUGCAUCCGCACGAGAUUCAAAUACGCAACCACAAAGGCCCUCCAAAAUAUCCAACGAACACAAUGGGAGGAGGUGGAACGGGAGUACAACAUGCAGCGCAAACGCGUGAACCAAACAGAACUAUAUACUAUAAUGGACCUAAGAGACGAUGACCUUUCAUCUGUUUCAACAUAAGUACAGAUAAAAGAGAUAUGAGAUGUAUAAUGCUAGUGCUUGGAGGUGGACAAAAGACUUGGAGUAGCGACUUCUAUUAUCACGAGCCAAAGCGAAGUCGAUGUCAAAGCUCCUUGUUCAUAGUAUGAACGUUCAUACUGUCAACAUGCAGAUCUUCUUCUUCUGCUUAGAACCCAUACUAGACCCAUUCCUAAUCCUAUUCAGCAGUUUCUAUUAAUUUGUAUUUUCCUAGUACUAGUUUCGAAGAAAUCGAAUAACUCAGUUCUUUGACGACCUACCACGGUGAUGGUCCUCCGUGUUGUACGUAAGUUCUCUUCGUUCUUGAUCUUCUGUAGCACGUUCUUGAUCUUCAGUAGUACACGUGUAUAAGUACUCUAAAACAGGAUUUUGAUGAUCAUCUUGUUCUUCAUCUAGAUGUGUGAUAUACAACUGCACUAUUUCUACGGAACAAACCUCCGAGAGAAAAACCCAUGGUCACUUCACCUCACUCCUAGUCAAGAAGGUGGUAAAUUGUCCUGCUUCUGCGGGGCCUCAUUCCUUGCUCUGCCUCUUCGGGGCCUCACUCAUCGAUUACGCUAUGCAACAGCUUAAAAAAUGUCCAUCUCGAGGCGUCGUCAAAGUAACGCACAUCAGUUCACUCGACUUCGACAGAUCACAACUGCCAGAUGUACAGAUCGUGGAAACAAGCAUUUCUGUCAAUGUUGAAGCGAAAAACUCAAACAU